AUGAUUCAAACUGCAAAUAUUACAGGCCAAGGCUCGAUGGUGUCCAAAAAAUCUGGUUUGGGCUAUUCACGUGGUCCUACUACUAGCUCUACACCACCCCAUAAGUCAUCUUCUUUAGUUUCACUCUUUGCAUCCAAGGAUUCAGUAGAUUCAUGUUCCUCAGGUGACAGAUCCGCUGAUGCUUCAUCUUCUAAGUCUUUCUCAAACUUCCUGAGAAGAAAAACGUGUUCCAGAUACAGUAAACUGUCUCCUGGUUCAACCUUCAGCACCCCUCUCACACAGUCAGUCAGAACCAAAAGUGGCUUGAAAAAUUCUACUUCUUCAAUCACUUCAUCAUCAAUGACAAACCAUUCCUAUACGAUCUCACCUGCUAGCUCCUUUGAUGGAUGGUCCUUAGAAUCAUCAUCAUCAGCUUCUGCUGCCAAACAGGGACCUCAUAACUUGGAUGCCAGUCUUGAUUCUACUCUCACAGGCGUCUCAGUAGGAACUGAUGCCACUCAAGCAAAAGAUUUGCAGAGUCCUUCACCUGAUCUAUUUUCGGUUUUUCAAGAAAUUCAGGAAACUAGUUUGCCAAGUCAAUGUCCACACAAAACUUUUAGAGCAACUACUCCUGUUCCUCUUGCAUCAUCAGAGAACUUCAUACCUUCAGGUCUUCAAAUGCCAUCACCAAAAAUGGGGUUUUUUGAUGAGGUUAGUUUUAGUUCGUUAUGGUGA